GGUAGCAUUCUCAGCCGGAAGUGCGCUCCAAGCCUCGCUAUGGGACCGGCUGUAGGACGUUCUCUCCGGUGACACAGCUGCUCCUCCGUCAGGGGAGAGGAAGACUGAGGCGGCGGACUACUUCCGCUUAGCUUUCCAAGGAAGGGAGAAGAUUCCGACAGAAGAGCUGCUGUGUCCGGUACUGAGGGGGAGACAGGACAGUGACUCAAAGUAUUUGAAGCCUAUAGUCAACUAGAAUUUUCAGAAGGCAAGGACUGUAUGUAUGAAAACUGUACUGUCAAAAAAAGAAAAUGAUGCAGCAAGAAGUGUUUUUGUCAUUGCAGAGGAUCUUAAACAAGACAAAACCAAGAUUUGCAGUCGCUCCAGUUGCAGCUCUACAAAAGUCCUGGGUGACUACAUGCAUCUGCCUUAUCAAUUACUAAGUUUAAAUUUUGGUGUGAAGAAUUCUCUUCACUGUGCAUGGACAGAAAGCCAAUGCGUAGAUCCCAGGAGCAGCUCCUUGCUGUGUCAGUUCCUGAGUAAGAAGGCAGAACACCGCACAGAUGCCAGAUCUCAUAGCCUGGUGUCUCAGCACUCGCCCAGGUGAGACUGGAAUGGAUGUAACGAGCCGUUGCACCCUAGGCGACCCCAACAAACUGCCGGAGGGGGUCCCACAACCAGCUCGAAUGCCUUAUGUCUCGGACAAGCAUCCACGGCAAACUCUGGAGGUCAUUAACCUUCUACGAAAACACAGAGAACUCUGCGAUGUGGUGCUUGUUGUUGGUGCCAAGAAGAUCUAUGCCCAUCGGGUCAUUCUCUCUGCUUGCAGCCCUUAUUUCAGGGCUAUGUUUACUGGAGAGUUGGCUGAAAGUCGUCAGACUGAGGUAGUAAUCCGGGACAUUGAUGAGCGAGCCAUGGAAUUGCUUAUUGACUUUUCAUAUACAUCCCAAAUCACAGUGGAAGAGGGCAAUGUACAAACCCUUCUACCAGCUGCAUGCCUUCUUCAACUUGCAGAAAUCCAGGAAGCCUGCUGUGAAUUCCUGAAGCGACAGCUUGAUCCCUCCAACUGUCUAGGUAUCCGAGCCUUUGCUGACACUCACUCCUGCAGAGAGUUGCUGAGAAUUGCAGACAAAUUUACCCAGCACAACUUCCAGGAGGUGAUGGAAAGUGAGGAGUUCAUGCUUCUCCCAGCCAAUCAGCUGAUUGAUAUCAUUUCCAGUGAUGAGCUGAAUGUGCGCAGUGAAGAACAAGUAUUUAAUGCAGUCAUGGCAUGGGUAAAAUACAGCAUCCAAGAACGAAGGCCGCAGUUACCACAGGUUCUACAACACGUCAGAUUGCCUCUGCUCAGUCCCAAAUUUCUGGUAGGAACAGUGGGAUCUGAUCCACUCAUUAAGAGCGAUGAAGAAUGCAGGGACUUGGUAGAUGAAGCCAAGAACUAUCUUCUUCUACCUCAGGAACGUCCUCUAAUGCAAGGGCCCAGGACAAGGCCGCGAAAACCCAUUCGUUGUGGAGAAGUCCUGUUUGCAGUGGGAGGUUGGUGCAGCGGAGAUGCCAUUUCCAGUGUUGAACGCUAUGAUCCUCAGACCAAUGAGUGGAGAAUGGUGGCUUCCAUGAGUAAACGGCGAUGUGGGGUCGGUGUCAGUGUUCUGGAUGACCUUCUUUAUGCUGUAGGUGGUCAUGAUGGAUCUUCAUACCUCAACAGUGUUGAAAGAUAUGACCCAAAGACAAACCAGUGGAGCAGUGAUGUGGCUCCAACCAGCACUUGCAGGACAAGUGUUGGUGUUGCGGUUCUAGGGGGAUAUCUUUAUGCUGUGGGUGGUCAAGAUGGUGUCUCUUGCCUCAACAUCGUUGAAAGGUACGACCCAAAGGAAAACAAAUGGACACGUGUAGCCUCUAUGAGUACAAGGAGACUAGGAGUGGCUGUUGCAGUUCUAGGUGGUUUUCUAUAUGCUGUUGGGGGAUCAGAUGGUACGUCUCCUCUCAAUACAGUGGAGCGAUACAAUCCUCAGGAAAACCGCUGGCACACAAUAGCACCAAUGGGCACACGCCGAAAGCACCUGGGCUGUGCUGUGUACCAGGAUAUGAUCUAUGCAGUAGGUGGAAGAGAUGACACUACAGAGCUAAGCAGUGCUGAACGGUACAAUCCCAGGACCAAUCAGUGGUCACCAGUGGUUGCCAUGACUUCCCGACGAAGUGGGGUCGGUCUAGCUGUGGUCAAUGGGCAGUUGAUGGCUGUAGGUGGAUUUGAUGGAACAACGUACUUGAAAACUAUAGAAGUGUUUGAUCCAGAUGCUAAUACUUGGAGGUUAUAUGGCGGCAUGAACUACCGACGGUUGGGAGGAGGUGUUGGCGUUAUCAAGAUGACACACUGUGAAUCGCACAUCUGGUAGCCCAUCCAGCCUAACAUUCGUUAUGUGAAAGCCUCAGUUCAUGGACACUGCCAGGGACUUCCUCAGUGGGGGGAAAAAAAAUGAACUCUGACAAGAUACUAUAUCAGUGAGCCACGAAGAAAAGUCUUUUAUUCUGUCUCCCUGAUAAUCACGUUUUCCCUUUAUUUAUAUCCCAGAAAGAUUGCAGGCUUUUGGAGUCUUGGAAGAUUCUAAUGCCAUUUUGUAAGAAAAAAAGCUGAUUUGGGUUGGGUUUUAUCAGAAUUCCAUAGGACCCGAGUGCUCUGAAAUUCUGCAGGUUUUAGCAAGUGGACAAAAGGUAGUGUUUGCUUUGACUGGUUCCUUAAGCAGUAUGUUAUGGAAUGUGAUUGUGGUGGCACUGAGAGUAGUAACGUUCUGAAAAUUUGUUUAUGCCUGGACCUGAAGAAGGUGAAAAUGAUCCAAGAACAUGGUUUUGUUUUGGGAAUGUCUGGAAAGCAUCAUGCUUUGUCAUAUGCUAAGGUAUUGCAGGUUAUUAUGAGGUGGUCUACAGCUUGGCUAAGAAUCAAAAGUCCCUACAAGAGAUUCCUAGCACAUGACUGUGCCAACACAUCCAUAUUCUAUGUUUACAGCUGGCCAAGUUCACGGCAGUGUGAAAAAAAUAAAAAAACACCUCAGCUUUCCCCAAACAUUGUAAAAUGCUGCAGUACAGUAUACAGCCACUUGCACUAGUGUCUCAUCCAACUUCCUUGUGCCUCUAAAACCUGCACAGACUGCUACCCUUGAUAAUGGUCUUGUGUUGCCUUUAACAGAUGUAGCAAAAUUGUAUAGUUUGUGUAGAGAAAACAGAUGUGAAGAACAAAAAGUAAACUGUCGGCUGAUCAAAGUCAGUAUUACCAUUCAUGGGCCAUUAAUGUAAUUUGUCAUUCAACCUGGAAUUUUUUUUUUUUUUUU